UCUAUAAUGUUUUAAAGGUCAUAACAGGUUAAACAUUCAAGCAAAAGACAUCUGUGUUUAUAAAAACACACAACUAUUUUCAUGCAAUCAAGGAUUUCCCUUGAAUGUGAAACAAGACAACUCGUCCAAAAUUUCGGAUACUCGAUUCGGGGCCAAGUAGGUGCUCAAAGUAACUUGCUCUCCAGCAAGUGGAAGUCAACACAUAUAGAGUUUACCAGUAAUUGGAGUCAUCAACAUGACCUAUACACUUCCUUUUGACAUAUUAAUUAAGGAAUGCCUGCUGAACAGUGGUCUGGUGAGUGGAACUGUGGUGGUAUCCAGGCAGGGUCAGGUGAUGUUUCGCCAUGGUGACCUCUUCAACAUUUCUCUGACAGAAAUCCAACAGUUUUUGAAGUUGUUUGGUGGAAUAUCUACAGAGGCUGAUUUGAAUCACGAUUUCAAACUAACAUAUAGUGACGGGCAGAAAAUUAUUUACAAAACUUACCAGAAAACAUAUUCAAGUGUGUAUGCCACGUGCAGCCAGGGUUCUGGUGGACUGACAGUGUGUAACCUGCCGUAUGGAAUGCUGAUCUGCGUAUACAGGGGAGCUACCUCCGUAGGAAAGACUGUCAAAACCAUAGAGGCAUUCUGUGAUCUAGUCAGAAGAUGAUCAACAUCAAAAGGAAAGACUGUCAAAACCAUAGAGGCAUUAUGCAAUCACGUCAGAUAAUCAACAUUUAAUGGAAAGACUGCCAAAACAUAGAGACAUCCUGUGGACUUGUCAAAAGAUGACAUUGGCUGUGAUGAACUGAUUGUAGCAUAUGCGUCUAUUAUAAGUUCUGUUUCUGUUGUCAGUUCAUGUGUUUUGGAUAUAUAGGAUCUUGCAUGAGUGGCCAUUUUGUAUUGAAUUUAUUAAACGAGUCAUCUAAAUAAAGAUAAAAACGAGGCUUGCCGAGUUUUUAUCUUUAUUUAGAUGACGAGUUUAAUAAAGCCAAUACAAAUGACCACGAAUCUAAGAUUCUAUUUUUAACAUGACCAACAAAUUUUCUUUUUAUUGUAUGCUCUUUUCACCGUUUAUUCACAUUGUAAAAGAGUUUAACUGAAGAAAUUCGUUGGAAUAAUGACGUCAUUUCGUCACAAAAAUGACGUCAUUUCACAGUUAUAUAACUAGUGUAAUAACACCUGUGUAAUAAACAAAAUUGAGCAUUACAUUAUUUCACUCCUGGAGCGUAGGUCAUGUUUUAAGAUAAUGUAAACAUCUGCUAGUAAGGCAAUAUCAAUGUCAGAAAAUAAUGUUGUCCAGUGCUAACAAGUGGUAUGUUUGUUAGUGGAUAAUAAGGGAGUUCUAACAAAUGUCGCUGACAAACAUGUAACAAUUUAUAUGAGCCGUUCUCUGUGAAAAGGGGGUUUAAUGCAUGUAUGUAAAGUGUCAUCCCAGAUUAGCCUGUGCAGUCUGCACAUGCUAAUCAGGGACGACACUUUCCGCCUAAACUUGAUUUUCACUAAGAAGAGACUUUCUUGAAAAGAAAAGAAAAAAAAGCGGAAAGUGUUGUCCCUGAUCAGCCUGCAUUGGCUAAUAUGGGAUGACACUUUACACGCAUGCAUUAAACAUCUUUUUCACAGAGCAUGGCCCAUAUGUUUUAUAAGCAAGGUGACCUAUUGGUAAUCUCUCAUGAAUUGUCUGUUUUCUAUCUGGAGUCAACAAUUUGUAAGCUGAACGCUAUCUUGACUUAACUGUAUAACCUAUAAAACAUUUUGGUUUUAAUAGGUUCAGGAACACCACAGUAAUGGCCUUUAUAAUAGCAAAUUGCCUGUUUAUUAUUAUUAAAACAAUUAGAGGUUGAAGUGCAAAUCGUAUACUAGUUUUUGUCAAGCAGCAUGCUGGUAAGAUGUAAAGUUGUUGCAAAAUGAGUUAGAGGUCAUAUAAAUUUCUUAAAAAUUCCAAACAAGAGAACCCUAGAUUGCUCAUCUGAAUUUAUAGUACGUGUACUAGGAAUUGGGAAAUAAUGUCACGAUUGUGCAAUGUAACAAGAUGCUUUUUUUAUCCAAAUGACCAAAUUUUGAAAGUCGCCCAAAAUAUUGCCAAGAAAAUAUAAUAUUUAAUUCAAGUUUUUAUUAAGGUUGGCGAAUAAAUGUGUGUGGUUAUAUUUUUAUCAAGAAGAACAGUUUACAGACCAUAGUGCAAUAUACAUGACACGCCCUUUUUUCCAGAAAAUACAUUGGGUCUUUUAUAUGGGGACAAUAUAGCCGACCUAUACAGACUUAAACAUAAGUUUAUUGUAAAUAUCUGUGAAAAAUGUUAAUAAAAUAAAACAAAGUCUA